AUGUCUGAAAAUAAAAUCAGCGAUGGAAAUACACCAGAAGAGGAACCAAAUCGUAAACCUUAUCUAUAUAGAAACAUUUUCUAUCGUUUGAGACUCAGACCUAAUAGAUCCAAAUCUCAUCAUUACGAAGAAGACGAUGACAGUGAACAAAAUAAUGACGACGAAUCUUCUACUAUUGGGGAUGACAAUGGCAAAAAUUAUGAUGAUGUUAACAAGAAAAAACAUAUUGACAUAUGGAAGUAUUUUACAGAUCUCACAUAUGAACAAGGAGAUGACGUUUUAAAUGAAACAGCCAGUAAAAUGCAGCGUGUUAUGGACAAGUACCCAUUACCAGAACUUGAAGAAACAUUUGAUUAUGAUGAUGAUGCUGACGAUGAUGAUGCUGACGAUGAUGACAGUGAAAAAGCAACUAGUAGUGAUGAAUACUGA